CCUGUGUUUUUUUUCAAGAAAGAGAAAGAGCUGGGCUUCUCAGAUACUUGGAGCUUUUAACUGUUCAAUCUUUUGUAGUUUUCACACAGAAAGGAUCCAUGGCUUCCUCAACAACCCAAAUCUUCUCUUCCUCUACUUCCACUUCCAACCCUCAAUUCACUUAUGAUGUUUUUUUGAGUUUCAGAGGUGAAGACACCCGCUCUACUUUCACAGACCAUCUCUAUAGUGCUUUGGUUUCUAAUGGGAUUCACACAUUUAGAGAUGACGAAGAACUUGAGAAAGGAGGAGUUAUUGCAGGAGAGCUCUUGAAUGCUAUUGAAGAAUCAAGGAUUUUCAUCGUCAUUUUUUCGAAAGACUAUGCUAAUUCCAGUUGGUGUUUAAAUGAGCUCGAGAAGAUCACUGAAUGCAUGACAACAAAUGAUCAGCAAAUAAUUCUACCAAUUUUCUACCAUGUGGAUCCAUCGGAAGUGCGAAAACAGACUGGGACUUACGGAGAAGCUUUUGCAGAUCAUGAAAAGGAUGCAGACCAGGAGAAGAGGGAGAAGAUACAAAAAUGGAGGAUUGCCUUAACGGAAGCAAGCAAUCUAGCUGGAUAUGACCGGCAGAAAUAUCAGUACGAAUCAAAGCUUAUUAUGGAGAUUAUCGACGACAUCCUUAAAAAAUUGAAUCCUAAGGUUUUAUAUGUCAAUGAGGACAUAUGUGGAAAGGAACUUUGCUUGAAAGAAUUGAAAUCAUUGCUAAGUAUUGAAUUGAUCAAUGAUGUCCGCAUGAUUGGGAUUUAUGGGAUUGGUGGAAUCGGUAAAACUACCAUUGCUAAGAUGGUUUACAAUGAUGUCUUAUGUCACUUCAAAGGUAGUAGCUUUCUUGAAGAUGUCAAAGAGAGAUCCAAAUGUCAUCAUGGUAGACUUCAAUUGCUUCAAGAGUUCCUUCAUGGUACAUUGAUGGUAAAAAAUCUAAAAUUAAGUAAUAUUGAUGAAGGAAUCAAUAUGAUAAAGAAUAGGCUCCGUCGAAAAAGGAUUCUUCUUGUUCUUGAUGAUGUAGACCAUUUGGAUCAAUUGAAGUUAUUGGUUGGAAGUUGUGAAUGGUUUGGUCCAGGAAGUAGAAUCAUCAUAACCACUAGAGAUAAACAUUUGUUAAACGUGCAUAGAGUGGAUGCAGUAUAUGAGGUUAAAGAGUUAGAUCACAAAGAAGCUAUUCAACUCUUUAGUAGGCAUGCCUUUAAACAAAACAUUCCUCCAAAAAAUUACGAAGACCUCUCGAAUUGUGUGAUAAAUUAUGCUAAGGGUCUUCCAUUGGCUCUUAAAGUUCUAGGUUCUUUUCUUUAUGGCAUGACAAUAGAUCAAUGGAAGAGUGCUUUAGAUAAAUUGAAGGGAAAGCCUAACAUGGAAAUACACAAUGUGCUUAGAAUAAGUUUUGAUGGACUCGACCACACAGAAAAACAAAUAUUUCUUGAUAUUGCCUGUUUUUUUAAAGGAGAAGAUAAAGAUUUUAUUUCAAGAAUAUUAGAUGGUUGUAAUUUCUUUGCAAAUAUAGGGUUGAAAAUUCUUUGUGAUAGGUGUCUCAUAACAAUUUCAAAUAGUAAGAUUCAUAUGCAUGAUUUAAUACAACAAAUGGGUCAAGAAAUUGUUCGUGGAAAAUAUCAUGAUGACCCUAAUAAAUGGAGCAGAUUGUGGGAUCCAGAUGAUAUCUAUCGUGCAUUUUUAAGAAAAGAGGGAAUGAAAAAAAUUGAAGCCAUAUCCUUGGACUUCUCUAGAUUGAAAGAAAUACAGUUGAGUACAAAAGUUUUCUCAAGAAUGAAGAAACUCAGAUUACUCAAAGUCUAUUGGAGUGAUGAUUCUAGUUUUAUGAAAAAAGAGUCUAAGGUGUUCAUUCCAAAAGAUUUCGAAAUUCCUUCUCAUGAGUUAAGAUACCUUUAUUGGGAAGGAUACUCUUUGAAUUGCUUACCAUCAAAUUUUCAUGGAGAAAACCUUGUUGAGCUUGACUUAAGGUACAGCACAAUAAAACAACUUUGGAAAGGGAGUAAGGGUCUUGAAAAGUUGAAGUUCAUCAAUCUAAGUCACUCAGAGAAGCUCACUAAAAUAUCAAAAUUCUCAGGCAUGCCAAAUCUAGAGAGGCUAAAUCUUGAAGGUUGUACAAGUUUGCGAAAAGUUCACUCAUCCCUUGGAGUUCUAAAGAAGCUUACUUCCUUACAACUGAAAGACUGCCAAAAACUUGAAAGUUUCCCAAGCAGCAUUGAGUUGGAAUCCCUUGAAGUUCUUGAUAUCUCUGGUUGCUCCAACUUUGAGAAAUUUCCAGAGAUUCAUGGGAAUAUGAGACAUUUGAGGAAGAUCUAUUUAAAUCAGAGUGGUAUUAAAGAACUUCCAACCAGCAUUGAAUUCUUGGAGUCUCUUGAAAUGCUUCAACUAGCGAAUUGCUCAAACUUUGAGAAAUUUCCAGAGAUCCAGAGGGAUAUGAAAAGUCUACAGUGGCUUGUGUUAGGUGGGACUGCGAUUAAAGAGCUACCCUCCUCGAUAUAUCAUCUAACAGGACUUCGGGAGCUCAGCCUGUAUAGGUGCAAAAACUUGAGGAGACUUCCAAGCAGUAUUUGUAGGUUGGAAUUUCUUCAUGGUAUCUAUCUCCAUGGCUGCUCAAAUCUAGAGGCCUUUCCGGAAAUCAUCAAGGACAUGGAAAAUAUAGGGAGACUUGAAUUAAUGGGAACGUCUCUAAAAGAGCUACCACCAUCAAUUGAACAUCUAAAAGGUCUUGAAGAGUUGGAUUUGACAAAUUGUGAAAACCUUGUGACUCUUCCAAGCAGCAUUUGCAAUAUCAGAUCUCUCGAACGUCUUGUUUUGCAAAAUUGUUCAAAACUCCAGGAAUUGCCAAAGAACCCAAUGACCCUGCAAUGUUCAGAUAUGAUUGGCUUAUGUUCCUUAAUGGAUCUAAAUCUAAGUGGCUGCAACCUGAUGGGAGGAGCUAUACCCAGUGAUUUAUGGUGCCUAUCCUCAUUGAGACGAUUAAAUCUAAGUGGAAGCAAUAUCAGAUGCAUACCAUCAGGCAUCAAUCAGCUGAGAAUUCUUCAGUCGAAUCACUGCAAGAUGCUUGAAUCAAUUACCGAGCUUCCAUCAAGUUUACGAGUCUUAGAUGCCCACGACUGCACCCGCCUGGACACUUUAUCAAGUCUAUCUAGCCUUCUCCAGUGUUCUAUGUUCAGUUGCUUCAAAUCAGCAAUUCAGGAGUUGGAACAUGGUAUUGAGUCAUCCAAGAGUAUAGGAAUCAAUAUUGUUAUUCCUGGAAGUAGGGGAAUCCCAGAGUGGAUAUCCAAUCAGGAACUUGGAAGUGAAGUAACAGUCGAGCUUCCUAUGAAUUGGUGUGAGGACAAUGAUUUCCUGGGAUUUGCUUUAUGCUCUCUUUAUGUUCCUCUUGACGAUGCAUUUGAGGAUGGUGGCUUAGAAUGUCAGUUGAUCGCUUUCCAUGGUGAUCAAUUCAGACGUGUGGAUGAUAUCUGGUUUAAAUCCUCCUGUAAAUACUAUGAAAAUGGUGGUAUAUCAUACCUUCAUAAAUGUUGCGAUAAUGGUGAUGUCUCAGAUUGCGUACUUUGGGUGACCUAUUAUCCUCAGAUUGCUAUCAAGAAGAAGCAUCGCUCCAAUCAAUGGAGGCACUUCAAGGCUUUAUUUAAUGGCCUUUACAACUGUGGUAGCAAAGCCUUUAAAGUGAAGAAAUGUGGGGUUCAUCUUAUAUACGCACAAGAUUUUCAGCCCAACCAUUAUUCAUCUCAGCUGUUGAGAGAAACCGCUGAUUGUAAUGUUAAGAGAAGCCGUGAUGACACAGAAAGCAACCCAGCUGAAGGUCCAUCACAUAAAAGGUUAAGAGAUCUCGAGCCUUGAAUUCAGAGAUGCAUACAUAUACAUAGUGGUUGCACCGGCAAAGCUACCUUCUUUGAAUCACUGGAAAUGGCUCUAGGUGCAGUGCUUUUUUGCUGGGAGUGAUGAGUAGAAUGAUGACUUUGUGUUGUUGAGGACGGAGGAGAACUCACUCAGUGGCACCUUGGUCAAGCUCAAGCUCAUGUUGAUAGAAUGAUAGUAACAUCUUCUAGAUCUCCUUUCUUUUUAUUUUUGUGGUUGAUCUUAAUUUGUAUUUUAAAAAUUAUUUACAAUGCCUAAGAAUGGAAUUCAUAUCUUUUCUCUGUUACUGAUUGACAAGUCAUUCAAUUUCCCUUAUAAGAUCAUUUGGCAAAGGGAUUAGAGUGCCUAAGUUUUA